AUGCCCGAGGACUACGACGACGCAAAGAAGGGCGGCAAGGACGACGCUAAGAAGGACAAAGGCAAGGACGACAAGAAGGACAAAGGCAAGGAUGACAAGAAGGUCAAAGGCAAGGAUGACAAGAAGGACAAAGGCAAGGACGACAAGAAGGACAAGGGCAAGGACGACAAGUGCCCCAAGAGCGGCAAAGCUUCGGGCAAGGGUUCGGGUAAGGGUUCCGCUAAGGGAACCCCGACCAAGGCACUUGCCUCGGCGCGCCCGCCCAAGGAAGAAAAGUCCGAAAAAUCCGAAAAAUCUGAAAAAUCCGAGAAGUCCAAGAAAAGCGAGGCCUCCGAAAAGAGCGAUGUCUCCGUGGCUUCCGCCGAGUCCAAAAAGAGCAUCGAGAAGCGCUCCAAGGACAAGUCGACAAGCCCCUACAUGGCUCCAGGGCCGUCGGAGACGAUGCGCAGGGCCAUGGCCGACACGGGUCCCGUGUACGCCGAGCGAUACUUCAACGACGAGUACGAGGACGACGACGAGGCGCGUAACUACGUCGAGGUGCAGGUGUACGAGCGUCGCCCUCCCGCUAUGAACGUUGUAGAAAGAACCCCACGCAGGGGAGUGACACACCAGCGGGGACACACGUACUACACGAAUGCGCCGCCGACCCGCCAGCAGUCGCGCCGGCAGAACGACGGAAGGGCUGCGCCGAUGCAGCAGCGAAUCGAGCGACGAAUAAGCUCGACGAGUCAGCGUGAGCUCAUCUUCGACGGCCAAAGCUUGUCCGAGAGCCAAGAGGCCUCUUACUGCGAGUACGAGGAGCGCGGCCCUCCUCAAGUAAUGCCAGGGCUUCGUGCCAGUCGCGAUCGUUACUCGGGCGAACAGAUGGAUGGUUACGCGUGUCCCCAACAGUAUCGCCGCUCGAACCACCACCUAGAUCGCCGCCAAUCAGGUGAGCGCAUGGACUCCUGCUCACGUAGGGUUUCGCCACAAGGUUCGCAACAACUCGUCAUAACGCCAAUCGCCGUGGUGGUCGACCUGACGAACUUGGAGAACCCCGGCGACGACGGUCCGUUGCGCGCUUUCGCUUGCGCUCAAGUGAGCUCGAGAGAACGUAUGUGA